AUGGGGUGCCAUUCCGAUACUGACAAGGAUGCGGCUGCGGAUGUCGUCCAGCCAUUGAACCGGGAGAGUGUCCAGGUUCCUAAUGCUAGUUCUGCUCCUGAAACUCAGUCAGGAGAAACCACUGAGUCUGAUACUGAAGAAGAGAGAAAGUUGAAUCAGGCCAACCCCAGCGAGAAACGGCGGGCUCUCGACUACAAAUUCAAGAAAUUGCUGUCACGGCGUGCGGAGGCUAUUACAGAGGAAGACGUUAAAGCUGUUAUUAGAGCAAAAGAUGAUACGCAGCUGUCAAUGACAAAUAUUAUUGCCAAACAGGACUAUGCCUCUAUUAUCCAUGAUCCCCGUGAAUAUCAGCUAGAACUCUUCGAGAAGGCAAAAGAGAAAAACAUCAUUGCUGUUCUCGAUACUGGAUCUGGAAAAACACUCAUAGCUGUUCUUCUCCUCAAGCAUGUCAUUGAACAGGAACUGGCCGACCGCAGCCUUGGGCGACCACCUCGUAUCUCAUUUUUUUUGGUCGACAGUGUUACACUUGUAUAUCAGCAGGCUGCAGUACUACAAAACAAUAUUGCCCAGAAAAUGGACAAAUUCUGUGGCGCAAUGCGGACAGAUCUAUGGAACAAGGAGGUAUGGGAGGGCCAUUUCAAGAAAAAUAUGGUUAUUGUUUGCACUGCCGAAGUGCUUCAUCAAUGCCUGCUCCACUCCUUUAUUCGAAUAAGCCAGAUCAACUUGUUAAUCUUCGAUGAAGCUCAUCAUGCCAAAAAAGAGCACCCUUACGCUAGGAUCAUCAAGGACUUUUAUAUGAGGGAGCCAGAGAGGAAGCCAAAGAUAUUUGGCAUGACAGCAUCGCCAGUAGAUGCAAAGGUCCAGGUCGUGAGUGCUGCAAAAACUCUCGAAACUAUGCUUGAUAGCCAGAUAGCUACAGCAUCAAACCCUUCCCUUCUUCGACAAAGCGUGGCGCGGCCAAGGGAAGAAAUCUGGGAGUAUGAUAGGCUUGAAUUGCCUUUUGAGACGCCACUCCAUAGCCAGCUUUGUCGGCAGUUUGGCGAUAUUAAAGUCUUGGAAAAGAUAUUCAAAUUCUCCUUUGAGACAUCCUCGGCUCUAGGAAGUUGGUGCUCUGACUGGGUGUGGAGCUACUGUUUAAAUGAAGAAACGUUGCCAAAGUUGGAAGCCCGGUCGAAUAAACCCAUAAUGAAAAAUCUGCCUAGUGAGCCUGAUCGUGACAGAGAAACCGAGAGAAUCAGAGCUGCAGGAGCUAUUGUCAGAGACCAUGAGUUUGGUGACCCGGUCACUAACCCACGGCUUUUAAGCCCUAAGGUACAGCUACUGAAAAAUGAGCUGUUGCGGCGGUUUAAAGAAAAUCCAGAUACCAGGUGUAUUGUUUUUACAGCACAGCGCCACACAGCAAGAAUCCUCAGGGAUUUGUUCAAGAAAAUCGGGUCACAGUAUAUUCGACCAAAUUUACUAGUCGGUGUUCGAUCUGGUGGUGAUAGAAUUGGGCUAGAUACCUCUUUCCGAGAACAAUUUUUGAAUGUGAUAGCAUUUAGAAAGGGAGAGAUCAAUUGUUUGUUUGCCACCUCUGUUGCCGAGGAAGGGCUAGAUAUUCAAGAUUGCAAUCUCAUUGUUCGAUUCGACCUUUAUUCUACACUUAUCCAGUAUAUUCAGAGCAGAGGUAGAGCUAGGCAUAUAGAGUCUACUUUUGUCCACAUGGUGGAGCGUAAUAAUUUGAUCCAUGAGUCUGUGGUUGAAGAAGUUCGCCGCGCAGAGGAAAUUUUGGUUCGAUUCUGCAAAUCCCUUCCGGAGAACAGACUAUUAAAAGGAAUGGAUGAUAUUGAUUCAAUACUGGAAAAAGACAGACAGCGAAAGUCUUACACCAUCAAAAGCACAGGCGCAAAGUUGACCUAUCCUUCAUCACUUGCCGUCCUUGCACACUAUGCAAGCAGUCUGCAAUAUGAGAAAGAGCUGUCAGCUCAAGUCAGUUAUGUCAUUCAUGUAAAAGACGGUGCAUUCAUUUGUGAAGCAAUACUCCCCGAAAAAUCUCCAGUUCGAGGAUGUAUGGGCAAGCCCGCCUCUCGUAAGCUUCUCGCAAAACAAUCCGCUGCUUUCGAGACAUGCCUAAUUCUUCGCAAAAAUGGCUUGCUCGACAACUAUUUUAUUUCGACGUACCAUAAACGCCUGCCUGCAAUGAGAAAUGCUCGACUGGCUAUCACGUCGAAGAAAAGCAACCAGUAUCGUAUGAUAUCGAAGCCAGCUGCAUGGGAGUAUGCUCGCGGAGACUCUCCAACUGUUUUAUACGCCACUAUUCUCUCGCUCUCAAACUCUGAGGGCCUUCGAAAAAAGUAUCACCCACUUGUGUUAUUAACAAGAGUUCCUAUGCCCGACUUCCCCUCUUUCCCGCUAUAUCUGGAAAAUAACACGAAAUGCAGUAGCUGCAGCAUUAGAGUCGACAAAGCGCUAAAAGUUCUGCCAGUUGAACUGGAUCUGUUGACUAAUUUCACGUUCAGGGUUUUUGAGGACGUUUUCCAUAAAAUUUACGAAGAAGACUCAUCUUUGGUGUCUUACUGGAUUGCUCCCGCAAAACUUGAUGAUAUACCAGACAUCAAAAAGUCCAAUCCCGUCGAGAUAAUCAACUGGCAAAUGUUACAAUAUAUCCGGGACACGGAAGAGCUUCAUUGGUCACCUGAGAUGCCUACUGACUUUCUAGAGAACCGUUUCCUAGUGGACAGAUGGGAUGGGAGGUACCGUUACUUUUCAAUCGAAGUCGAUCCAGCCCGACAUCCCAAAGAUCCAGUCCCAGAGAAUGUGGCUCGCCGCCGCUAUAUGGACAACAUCAUGAACUAUGGCCUCAGCUUAUUCAAGAAUUCACGUGCUAGAUUUUUGGCAAAGUGCAACUGGGAUCAGCCUGUCUUGCGCGCAGAGCUCAUUCAGCUUCGCCGAAAUUUCCUUGACAUAGAUGAGAAUAAGAAAGGGCCCCCCGUGGAUUAUUAUAUCUGCGCAGAGGCCCUAAAAAUUUCCUCGAUUCCCAUGCCAGUGGCAACACUCAUAUUUGUUUUCCCAGCGAUGAUUAGUCGAAUGGAGUCUUAUCUCAUUGCCUUGGAGGCCUGUGAAAAACUUCAGCUAAAAAUAUCUCCCGAGCUUGCCCUUGAGGCAUUAACUAAGGACUCGGAGAACACAGAAGAACAUGGCCUUGAACAGAUUCGUUUCCAGAGUGGGAUGGGGAAGAACUAUGAACGGCUUGAGUUCCUAGGCGAUUGCUUCUUGAAGAUGGCAACAUCAAUUUCACUCUUUGCCAUGAAUCCAGACAAUGAUGAAUAUGAUUUCCACGUCAAGCGAAUGCUGCUUAUUUGUAACCAGAACCUGUUCAACAAUGCCAUAAUUCUGGAGGUAUUUAAGUACAUCCGCAGCAAAUCCUUUUCAAGACGAGGGUGGUACCCAGAGGGCUUAACUCUACUCAAAGGCAAAGACAAGAAAGAGAAUCCAGGUGGCCCUACGCAUGCACUUGCUGAUAAAAGUAUUGCGGACGUCUGUGAGGCUCUAAUUGGGGCAUCCCUUCUAGCUGGUGGUCCAGACCAUAAAUUUGAUAUGGCUACGAAAGCAGUUACAAUCUUCGUUAACAGCGAUGAUCAUCGUGUGGAAAGAUGGGCAGAUUAUUCUACAUUAUACUCCUUAACGACCUACCAAACAGCAGCUGCCACUGCAUCUGAGGCUGACGUUGCUAAUCAGAUCGAAGAAAAGCUGGGCUAUCGUUUUAAGUAUCCAAAACUUCUUCGAUCCGCUUUCAUGCAUCCUUCGUAUCCGUCUCAAUGGGCGAACGUUCCAUGUUACCAACGCUUGGAGUUCCUGGGUGAUUCUUUACUAGAUAUGGCCUGUGUGAAUCACCUCUUUACAAAAUACCCAGACAAAGAUCCCCAGUGGCUCACCGAACACAAGAUGGCAAUGGUAUCCAACAAAUUCCUUGGCUCUCUCGCCGUCGGCCUCAAUCUUCAUGUGCAUCUUAUCCAUAUCAGCAACGUGCUUCAAGGCCAAAUAACCUGUUAUACCGAAGAAUUGCAAGCUAUGAAGAUGGAAAUGGGUGGAAACCUUGAGGCUUGGACAUAUACAAAUGAACCUCCAAAGUGUCUGCCGGAUAUUGUUGAGGCAUACCUUGGUGCGAUAUUUGUGGACUCGAACUUUAACUUCGAUGUCAUUGACGACUUCUUCAAAAGAUUUAUUCAACAUUACUUCGAAGAUAUGACUGUAUACGACACAUUCGCAAAUAAGCAUCCGAUUACUUUCCUGCACACCAGACUCGCAGUAGAUUUUGGCUGCACGUUUUACGCCUUGAAAGCAGAUGAAAUACCAUGCGUUGACGGCACUACCAUACGCGCUCUGGCUGCAGUCUGUGUCCACAACGACAUCGUGGCUGAGGGAGUUGCCACGUCUCCCCGCCAUGCCAAGUUGAAGGCAAGCCAAAAUGCCCUCCAGAUACUGGAGCAGAUGAGCACUGCAGAAUUCCGGGCAACGUACAAGUGUGAUUGCCGGGAGAAGCAGGAGGAGCGUGAAGAAGGGGAGCUUGAAAAGCAGAAUAAUUAA